AUGAGUACUGAUGAAAUCGAUAUAGUUGCCCAAAAAUAUCCUUUAGUUUACAAACAUUCUCGCAAUUAUGCAGCAAAGAUCAUUCAAAAGGCAUGGAAUAAAUAUAUGGCACGCAUUACCUACAAAUAUUUGCUUCAAUGCUGCCGUGACUUCGAGCAAACACUUAGCCCAAAGGAAUUAAGUCGUAUUUAUCCAGAAUUUUUGGAAUCUUCAGAUAGCAAAAUUAAAACAAAAUUACAAAUCAAAAUGCAGGGAGUUUCAUUCCCUCCAUGUUUAGUAUGUCGAAUCAUUUCCGAUCAAACACCUUCUGUUGACGGAAAAAAGCAUAGUCCUAAAUGGAUUCCUUUAUUUAACGCAGGAAAUUCAUCGAAUGCAGUAGAUCAAAAGUCUUUAGUUCGAUUAUACUUAGAGGCUCAACAUCUUCAUGACGAGGCUAUUGGAACAAGACCUCCAAGAUACCAAUAA